UCAAUUGAAGAAAAUGAAGUUUAUCUCCCUAAUGAUGAGCUCUGGAUCUAUGAAAUGGAUAGUGGGUUAUGGACAAUGCACCUAAUGGAAGGAGAGUUACCUACCUCCAUGUCAGGAAGCUGUGGGGCAAGCAUUAACGGGAAGCUGUACAUUUUUGGUGGAUUUGAUGAUAAAGGAUACAGUAAUCGGCUGUAUUAUGUUAAUUUGCGAACAAAAAAUGGAACCUAUAGGUGGAAAAAAAUUACAAAUUUUAAAGGUCAACCUCCUACACCACGUGACAAGCUUUCCUGCUGGGUGUAUAAGGACAGGCUAAUAUAUUUUGGUGGCUAUGGCUGUAGGAAGCAUAAUGAACUGAGUGAUUGUUUUGAUGUCCAUGAUGCAUUUUGGGAAGGACAGAUAUUCUGGGGAUGGCAUAAUGAUGUUCAUGUUUUUGAUACAACCACACAAACUUGGUCUCAACCAGCAAUUAGAGGUGGAGAUCCACCUCAGCCUCGAGCAGCUCAUACAUGUGCUGUGCUGGGAAAUAAAGGUUACAUCUUUGGAGGACGAGUGCUGCAAACUAGAAUGAAUGAUUUGCACUGCCUGAAUUUAGACACUUGGACUUGGUCUGGAAGAAUUAAUAUCACUGGAGAGAAACCGAAAGAUCGAUCCUGGCACACGUUGACUCCGAUAGGAGAUGACAGACUUUUUCUUUUUGGUGGACUAAGUUCUGAUAAUGUUCCUUUAAGUGAUGGCUGGAUUCACAGCAUUACCACGAAUGGAUGGAAACAACUUACCCAUUUGCCUAAGAGUAGGCCUAGAUUGUGGCAUACAGCCUGCCUUGGAAAAGAAGGAGAAGUGAUGGUGUUUGGUGGAAGCAAAGAUGACUUGCAUUUCAUGGACACAGGUCACUGCAGUGACUUGCUGAUAUUUCAGACUCAACCUUAUUCGCUCCUCAGGUUGUGUCUUGACUGCAUUGGUAAAAAUGCAACUCUCUUAAAGAAUCAAAUACCAUGCUUGCCAUCGAAACUUUUGCAGCAAGUGCUGAAAAAAAUAACUUUCUGGGCUGCAGUUAACCACCGGCAAGAGAAGAAAGCUGAAACCGAAAGGCAAAGUCAACUAAAUACCACAUGAACAAUGGCAAGAAAACUGUUGAACACUUUGGUUUAUUUACAGCGUACAAGCAAAGUCUUUUGUUAGUGAACUUUACUAAUGCUACAGAACAACUGUAUGUUAAGCUGAGUUUCUAAGUGAAGUUUGAGAACAAAGAAAUCCUUUUUAUGGAAGUCUCUUUUGUUUUCUGCAUUAUAGAAAACUGAUAAAACUUCAUUUGUAUAUAUUGUUAACUUCUGCUGUUGUGGUCUUAAUGAGACAGUCCAUACAACUUGUUCUUUUUGAAAUGACAGAUGAUACAAAAUGUUUUCUGCUG